UGCGGAAGUACGAACGCAGGAAAAUUAACAUCUUCAGUUUUGUUUACAUGUGACAUGUAAUUUGGUAAGUCUUCCGUCUUGUAUUGGUUUAUUUUUCGACUAAUCGUGUUAAGAUUUAGUUACUAUAGACGUUUCCAUCAUUUUACUUCACAGAGAACUGCCUUUGAUUCCCACAGUUAAAUAAUUGUUGUUUAAAUUAGCUCGCUUAGCGUAAGCUAACAGUCGUUAGCUCGCUCCACUGCCCGAUCACCGGUAAGUUUCGGUUUCAACAGUAACCGUCUGCGAAAAUCCCGUUUCCCUUAAAUGGGAGGUGAUAGCAGUGUUGCUAGAGUUUCUCUCACACUGGGACCUUCUUCUGCUCUGAUGUCGUUUUUUUGGGACAUCAGAGAAGUUAAUGCUGGAGCUCCGUGAAGACCCGCAGCAUGUACCAACGCAACGCUGCACCGAGGGGGCGGCCAGCCUACAGUAAUGGCCUGUACCCGCCUCUCCCCGUGACCAGAUGUUACGAUUAUAACCACCAAAGCGUCGGAGGUGUCAACAGUUUUCAUGCCCCUGAACCUCAGAGGUUGCCUCCAUAUGAAUGGAAUCCCCCACGAUCCACCUCUAAUGUCCCCCCUCCUCACACACCGACCAUGACCAACGGCCGCAAGAGGCAGAAUAUUGAGUACAGCCCUCAUAUGGUGAAGCGCCAACGCCUCGACACCUUCUCCCACCCAUUAUUAGGCUCUCCUGUGAUUCAGGCCCCUUCUCCCCCUCCCCAUUUGGAGCAAGUGAGGGCAGAGUCCUCAAGAUCCUCCACCUCUAGUUAUGAACGCUCUUAUUCCAGUCCACAGUUUGAUAUCCAUCCUCAGGGGCCUGCUGUGCCAGAAAGCUUUAACAGCCUGCAGGCCUACGCCAAGGACAAGCUGAGUCGUCAGAUGGUGGAGCUAUUUGAAGCAUGCCAACAGCAGUCUUCAGAUUUGGAGCGCAAAGAGAGGUGUCGAGCCCAGCUGCAACAAGACAUACAAGGCAUCUAUGCAGUGGCACGCCUUUACCUGACUGGAUCUUCUAUGAAUGGAUUGGGUUGCCGAAGCAGUGAUGCUGAUCUGUGUCUGGUCAUCAAGGGAACUAAAAGACCUGAUCCUAUUCGUGUCCUCUCUCACCUCCAAAGGGCUUUCAGAUCCCUCUCAUAUGUCGAGAGGACUCAGCUGAUCAGAGCCAAAGUGCCGAUCCUCAGAUUCAGAGAAAGAGGCAGUGAUCUGGAGUUUGAUCUGAACAUCAACAACACAGUGGGCAUCAGGAACACAUUCCUUCUGAGGAGUUACGCCUAUGCUGAUCUCAGGAUAAGACCCAUGAUCCUUGUCAUCAAGAAAUGGGCACGGCACAGUCAAAUCAAUGACGCCAGCAAAGGAACACUGAGCAGCUACACACUGGUGCUGAUGGUCCUGCACUACCUUCAGACUCUUAAAGACCCUGUCCUCCCUUCUCUACAAAGGGACUACCCAGAGUGUUUCAGUCCCUCCGUGGACAUCGACAUGGUUCCAGAGGGUCCCAAACGUGUCCCUCCUUAUGUCUCCAGAAACCAGUCCUCCCUAGGAGAGCUGCUUGUGGGCUUUCUCAGAUACUAUGCCACAGAGUUCAGUCCUCCAUCUCUCUUCUCCUUCCUCUGUCCUGCAUCCGCCUUUCUGGUUUCAUGUUUCUGGCUGAGGGGCAGGAGCAGAUGGGAUAAACAGGUGAUCUCUGUUCGAGAGGCCAGAGCUUUGCCUAAGACCAAUUCUCAUGAGUGGACAAACAAAUACAUAUGCGUGGAAGAACCGUUUGAAAGAAAUAACGUUGCCAGGGCAGUCCAUGAGAAGAUGAAGUUCGAUACCAUUAAAGCUGAGUUUGCUGAGUCAUAUCGGAUACUAAAGGACAGAAAGGACCUGAACUCGAUCCUCCCAGUCAGAGCCGUCAUCAAUAAGGAGUCAUCCAGGAGAUAAGGGAUUCCUCUAAUUAGGCGAGCUGAUUGGUGUCUUCUACCUCAAGACAGGUUUGCUCCCAGAACCGACGCAAGACUUAGGGACGAGCUGAGAGAGAAGCCCUGCUGCCUCGGCACCUCACAGCCAGGAAAGCGCUGGAACUGAAUGCUCUGGCUGCUUUGGUACUUAUCACAAUCUGUGUUUCCUGUGACAGUGCUUUUGAAAAUGUUACAGUCACUGUCGAACGCUUUGCUGCCUUUGCCAAAUCUGUGUAACUGAUAAUAUUCCAGUAGCCAAGGAUGGAGAGAAAAGGUCGAGUAAUUUUGGAGGGACACCAGAGAGCUCUGAAAUCAAAGUUCUGUCUCUUAAACAGAGAAGUACUGCAGAAAGCGGAUAGUAGUGAUCAGUGUUAUUAGAGAUGCUUAUUACUGCUACAUGGCCCUCUUUCACAGUCCACACAGGAUUGCUGAAAGAAGUAAAUCUGUAAAAUAGGAGAUGAUACAUUGAUAUGAAGCUACUUUAAAUGGGAGCAACAACAUUUAGGUUCCCAAGUCUGCCACGUUUAUCUCCUCUGAUCCCAGUUUAAGUUGUAUCCUCGUUGUUGGAGCCGUUCUGCUCAGAUGAUAGUUUAUCUCUGCCACGUGUAUGUGCAGUGGACCAACAUCAAAGCCUUUUUUCUAUUUUUAUAGGUCAGUUGUCAAGGUAUUGUGGGUUCAAACACUACAGAUGCUUUUUUCUACCGUCACAUUAAAGGACCUCUCAUUUUUCAUCAUUACUGUCUUUAAGUUCAUCUGAAGUUGGAGCGAUAUUUAGGUUAGCGCCAUAAUUAAACUCUGACUCUGAAGUGGUCAAUAGAGGGCUGCGAAGAAGCCAGACCCUGGCUAUUCCUAUUCCUUUAUUAUUGCUCCUGAUGUGCUGUAAUCUUUCUCAGUGACUGGUGUCAGGGCAUCAGUGUCAUUUUAAUCAUAUACUUGAUUUAUUUAGACAAAAACUGGUGUUAUUAACUCACUUUUCAGUUCAAAGAGUUUAAACUUUUGAGUGUGUCUGUUUUUUCGUCUUUGGUUCUUGUUUUUCCUCUGUUUUUUGCAUAUGUUUUGUGCAUUACUGACUAAAUGUUUAUUUAAAAAAUAAAUCUCUACAGAUGUACCGUA